AUGAAGCUUUUAGAUGCUUUGAAAGUUAAAGGGGUACCUGAGAGUGGUCAUGCGUGGUAUAAUCGUGAUCUAUUACCAACACCUCCAGAGAAGAGGACAUGGGGAGUGACUCAUUUUUUUUUCUUUUACUUCACCACGUCGUUAACUCCUUCUUCUUAUACCUUAGGUUCCACCUUGGUUAGUAUGGGCUUAUUAUGGUGGCAUGGCUUGAUAUGUGCAAUUAUUGGGAGCUUUUUCCUUUCGAUUGUUCUCGUACUUAACUCGAGAGGACCGUCAACCUAUCAUUUAGGAUUUCCUACUAUAGUUAGAGCUACUGCAGGAAUGUAUGGUUCUUAUUUUUUUAUAUUUGUCAGAGUUUCGGUCGCUUGUAUCUACUUUUCUAUUCAGACUUAUUUUGCAGGAAACCUAAUGAGCGUUUUAAUGAGAUGUAUAUUUGGUCAUCGAUGGGAAAACAUACCAAACAAGCUUCCUGCAUCAUCAGCCAUAACAUCUCAAGACUUACUUUCGUUCUUCUUAGUUUGGAUAAUUCAGCUUCCUGUCAUGUUUUUGCACCCGACGGUCCAAAGGCAUAUGUACACUGUCAAAAUUGUUACUACAACAACAGCUUUAUUUGCUGUUUUUGGAUAUUGCGUGAGAAAAGCAGGAGGCUCAUUGGGCUCACCUAAUUCUUUAGGAACUGAGAGAGUUUACGGGGAAGAUUUAGUAUGGGGUGUUAUUUCAGGCAUCAAUUCAAUCAUGGGAGCAUUAUGUCCUAUUUUGAUCAACGCAGGUGAUGUUGUUAGGUAUUCCAAGAAGCCCAGAGAUGCUGCUUGGAUUCAAUCUUUUGCCGUUUUGCUAUCCAAAGUUCUUAUUACUUUCAUCGGAUGUGGCACAACAUCAGCAGCGAGGGUUUUUUUGAAUGACACUUUUUGGAACCCAUGGGACCUAUACAGUGCGCUUCUUGACUACAAAUGGGAUGCUUCUAUGAGGACUGGUAUUUUUUUCGCUUCUUUGGCAAUGAUAAUAGCUUUAGUAGCUGUAAAUAUAGGUACCAAUUGUAUGCCCGUUGGUGCAGAUACUACAGGUAUGUUUCCAAAAUAUGUCACUAUUGUCAGAGGCCAAUUAAUUUGCUGGGCAGUUGCUCCUUUAUUUUUCCCAUGGAAAAUGAUAUCUAGUGGCACUCGAUUUAUAACUUUCUUAGGAAGCUAUUCCACAAUGUUGUGUCCUAUUGCUGCGACUAUGAUAUAUGAUUAUUUUUUCAUUAGGAAGGGAAACUAUCAUUUAAUUUCUUUCUUCGAUCCUGAUAAAAAUUCUUUGUUUUGGUAUCAAAAUAGAUUCGGUGUCAAUUGGAGAGCUAUUGUUGCCUGGGUUGUUGGUUGUGGUUUGACUAUUCAUGGUGUUGCUGCUUCUAUAAAUCCUUCCUCUGUUGGAAUUGCAUCAGCAAGAAUGUAUAAGCUAGGGUUCUUAUUAUCAUUUGUGAGCGCAUUUGCAGCAUACUGGGUGUUAAAUAUGUUAUUCCCUGUGAACCCAGUCUUACCUAAUGAUAUUGAUAUUAAGGACGUGGCAUUCGAACAGUUCGCAGAAGAUGAAGGCAUCCUUCCAGGUGAAUCCUUCGAGGAUGUUGGUGGGGAAUGCAAAUACGCUGCAGACGUUGAAGUUACAGAGAAAGUACUUUACACUCUUUCCUCUAAGGAAGUGUAG